AUGAAUCCAUUUUCAGAGAACGUGCAGUUCGAUCCCAGGCUCUACGAAGUAGUUUCUAUGGUCGGAAAGAAGAAUGACAAGACAAAGAUCCGGGGGCUUCAUGAGCUGAGGGAUAUACUGAGCAGUGUCGAUGUAGAAGGAAACAUAGACACACUGUUGGAAACGAUAGAGGACACCAUAAAAUCACAGGAUCCGCAAAUCAGAAAUCUAUCAGUCGAUGUGCUCUACAAGCUUCUUUCCUCCAUGGAUGAUAAGUCCAAGUUCAAGAGAGUGCUUUCCAUCUGGCUUUACGGAUUCAUAGAGAAUCCGGAGUAUGAUAUUUCGAAGAAGAUCUUCAGCGAGUUUAUUGAUAUCGAAGAGAUAGAGGACGAGUUUGCACAGAUGGUGAACUUCGAGGAAAACCCUGUUCUUGGGUUGAUAUGCUCACAGCUACUAGUGAAGAAGGGAAGAAGGAACUACUCGAAAAUGGUUGCGGAAAACAUCAAGUACCUGAAUCUAAAUUCGAAUAGGGAGCUAAGAGAGGUCUACAAGUUGUGCAAAGAGCUAGGGAGAAUUGAGGGGCUUUAUGAAAAGAUUGUCAUGAUAAAAGGGCCAAGUCUCAUGAACCUCAAAUGGAGGCUCCUCAUAGACAUAUUUAAUUCCUUACCAGAGUGUAUUGAGAGUGAUGGGAAGUAUCUUGAUAGUGAGAUGCUUUCUAAGGCAGUAGAGAAGUUGGAUGUCUGUGAUAAUGUGCUUGUGAGAAAUGUUGAUUCUCUCAGAAUAGUCUUUCCCAAGAUCAAUGACAAGAAGGGAUAUGUGAAGAGAUAUCUAGAGUGUGGUUCUAUCGAAGGGCUAUGCAUUCUUGAGUUCCUUGACGAUUUCCAGUUCCUGAACGAGAAUGUGAGCUUUGAAACAGUCAACAGACUGAUUGAAAAUGCGAUAAGUAUCCAUUUCGAAAGGAAUCAGAACUUGGAAGAGACUGUUUCUAGGUUGAGUAUGGAAAGCUUACCAAGAGACCCAUCUGAUAAGCCAGGGAUCCACGAGCAUGUUGGCUCUGAUGGAAGAGAAAGCAUCCUCAAAGCACUUCUAUCCUCCCUCUGCGGGCUUAGCGGGAAAAGAAAAAUAAUAAGAGGAGACAUUCUUGGGGUGGAGCUUGAUCCAUGUGAGUUUACUAAGAAGGAAAUAGAAGAGGUCUUCCAGCACUCUGUGAAUGUUUUGCCGAAAGACUACGUGUUGGGCUCAUCGUUCGACUGCGAUCUUCUUCCCCUGGUAUUGAAAUAUCCCGAAGAGGUAGGCGAAGAAAAAAUAAGAAAGACUAUAUGCAAAGACAAUCUUCACCUCUUCAUCCCUGUGUGCAAAGACCUGGAUUUUUUAAGAUCUCUGAUGUCUUCUUAUGACAACAAGUCCAUGAUGGAGGUCUAUUUAUCUUCGGAUAUCCCCCCUGCAUUGGACCUUGACUUCUAUUAUAGGCUUGGAAAUAGGAUAUCUAAGCCUAGAGAUGUUGACUAUAAUAGAAUUCUGAAGAGCUAUCUGGACUCUAAGUUUAUAGGAGAAAUGAUCGAGAACGGGGUAAUUGAUAGAGGCAUGCUGUACAAUGCAGUCAUUUCCUAUCUGUCCUCUGCAAAGAUUCCAAUUAGCACCAGUUACACAAGCUCGUUCUACGAUCUAGAUGAGUGCUUUUAUAGAGACGUCGGGAUCAGAGAAAAAAGCAAUGGUGUACUAGGUCUCAGAGACGUAUAUGCAGAUAUGUAUGCAGGAGCCGGUGAGGCAUUUCUGCUUCUUCUUUUGGAUGCUAUGUGCGAUGAUGAGGACGAAUCUUUAGACAAGAGCCUGAGAAAUAAGGGGCUUCCUGGAAAGAAAGGCCUACAUGAGGCUAUUCUUCAGGAUAAGCUUGCGAUUGAGGAAUGGAGGAGCACAGAGUUAGGGGGAAACCAGCAUUUUGUAGAAAAGGUAUUCUUCGAUCUGGGCCUUGCAUCAAAAAGAUGUGGCAAUAGGAAACUUAAAGAACUUCUUCAUGGCGGAGGGCCGCGUGCGAUUGACUAUGUCCUUAGAAAACACGGUGCACCUGCACAGUUCACUGCAUUUAUUGACUUUUCCUACCUCAGCAACGAAGCUUUGGCUUGCGCUGUGAGUAUUCUUGAGGAUGCAUCUAAGAAGGGUUUUCCAAUAGACUUUACUGAGGCAUCUUUACCAGACCAAACUACCCGCCCUUCUGUAAAAGAAGAGACUAUAGACGAUGAUCUUCUGAUGUCUCUUGCAAAAUCAAGCUUCAGGAACCUUAAAACUCUUAGCAUGGAAGAUGUAGUGCAGAUGAUUGAGAGGGAUCGGCUCCUAUCAAGAAAAGAGUACCACAAAGAAAGAUAUGCUAUUUAUUCCCCGCUACUGAGAAAAAUCUACAAUCUUAUAGCAGACUCCAUACUCAACAUGUACAGCAUAUCGAGGCUGGAUGUAAACUCGAUUGAUGGAGAAGUCUAUGACCUUCUUCGGGAAUGCUUCCUUGGGUCUGUAAAUUUGUUUUGGGACUUCCUCCUGAAUUCAUUACUAGUUGUCAGAAACAUUAGAGUUAAUGCCUUUUUUGAGAAGAUGAUCAAAGAAAAGGAGGAAUGGAAAGAGUUUCUUCAGAAUGCAGAUCUUGAACAAAGAUCCCUGUUUGCCUUUUUGUUUCCAAGCCUCUUCUCUGCCGUUCCAAGGAUGGAGGUGGAUUUGGACCCUCUUAUAUUAAAAGAGGCCUCUAGAACCAUAGCAGACGUUACAGUUAGGGCCCAGAAGCUUACGAAUGGAUUUGAUAUUAGGAUUUCUUACGAGGCAGGUGGCACGUUGUUUAAAGCCUUGAUCUCCAUCCCUUCAGACUAUCCCUACAGAAAACCUGUGUUUGCCUCCGAAAUCGGGAAAAAAAGUCUUCUAAACCUUAAGAUUAACGAAAUGAUCAAGAAAUGUUCGAAGUUUAUGGAAAUCAUAGGGCUAUGGAAAGUUAAUAUCGACGAGAAGAUCUCCGGCCACAAGGAAUGCCCUAUAUGCUAUCUUGUCAUAGAUAUCCACGAUUCCUCAUUCCCAUGUAAUCAAUGCAAGACAUGCAAGAAUAAGUUCCAUGCCAGAUGUAUUGCAAAAUGGGUUGCAACAGGAACAAGAAACAGCUGCCCGAUAUGUAGGAGGCCCAUAGAGGAUGUGUCGUGA